UCAUUCGCGAGCUUGAUCAGGUAUCUCCAUUCCGCCGCUCUCGCGCUCUCCGCCCAUCGCUCCUUGGAACGCCGCUCGGGCCUGAACGCACUCGAGAUCUGACCUGACCUGUUCGCACAUUUUGUGUCUCAUAUCGACUCGCCAUCUACACACCUAUCGGCGGCAUACAACGCUAUAGAAAGAGAUAGAAUCCACAUCAUACAAGCAUCAUGGCCGUAGCUCUAGAGAACGCGAGGGCGAUCGGAGUUCCUCCUCCACCCGGCGCUCCGUACUCCGUCCCUGUUGUCGGGACCAAGCUCGAGGGCCGAUCUCCAAUCUACCGUCACUGGAGACAGGCCGAAGGAGUCCUCACCACCGUUGAUAGCGAGGUCACCACCGCACACGAGUUCUUCGAGCAGUCCGCCGCGCGCGUGCCCAACAGCAAAUGUCUCGGUCACCGACCAUGGGAUCCAGUGAAGAAGGCUUGGGGCAAAUACAUCUGGCAGACAUAUGCGGAAGUGCGGCAGCGCAGGGCCAACUUUGGCGCAGGAAUCGUGAACUUGCACGAGCAGAUUGGUGUCAUGGGGAGGUACUAUGGUAUUGGUCUGUGGUGCCAGAACAGACCGGAGUGGCAGAUCACCGACUUGGCUUGCAUGUCGCAGUCGCUGUUCACCGUCUCGCUGUAUGACACACUCGGCCCGGAUGCUACGGAGUACAUCAUCAACCAUGCGGGCCUUACCUGUGUGGCUUCGUCCAUCACGCACAUUCCCACGCUGUUGAAGUUGGCACCGAGAUGUCCUUCCUUGAAGAUUGUGAUCUCUCUUGAUCCGCUAUACUCCGAACUCGAUCGCCCGGGUCAGUCCAAGCUGGACAUUCUGCGGUUGUUGGGCGACCAGGCCGGUAUCCAGGUGCACGACAUGCGCGAUGUUGAGGCGUCCGGUGUGAAGUCCCCGCGACCAUACCACCCACCGCGCCCGUUCGACACCAUCACCAUCAAUUACACUUCCGGGACGACUGGUAACCCCAAGGGUGUGAUGCUGUCUCACGCCAACGCCGUUUCAGCCACUUCUUCUUCCCUUACCCUCAUCCCACAGGGUGAGGCCGAUAUGAUCUGCUCCUACUUGCCACUCGCCCACAUCUUCCAGCGUGUAUCCGAGCAUGCCGCGCUCUGGGCUGGGACAUCGAUCGGCUACUUCCACGGCGAGAUUCUCGAGCUGGUCGACGACAUCAAGAUGCUCCGCCCGACGACAUUCACCAGCGUACCAAGACUGUUCAACCGCUUUGGAGGUGCCAUCAAAGCCGCCACAGUGGAGGCGCCCGGCUUCAAGGGCUCCAUGUCGCGACACAUUGUCGAUGCCAAGCUGAACAACCUCACCAACGCACCUGUUGACAAAGCGACCAACAAGCACUUCUUCUACGACCGCAUCUGGGCCAAGAAGGUGUCAGCUGCCUUCGGCCUUGACCGCGCCAGACAUAUGGUCUCCGGGUCCGCUCCACUCGACCCAUCUCUCCACCAAUUCCUCCGCGUCGUCUUCGCCAACACCCUUGCCCAAGGAUACGGCCUGACAGAAACAUACGCCAUCACCUGCGCCCAGCUGGCAGGCGACUUCACCGCCGGAAACUGCGGAGCCGUCGCCGCUGCCGCCGAAGUCUGCCUGAUGGAUGUGCCCAGCAUGGAAUACUACUCGACCGACUUCCCUCACGCACGCGGUGAGCUCCUCGUCCGCGGCCCAACCGUCUUCAAAGAGUACUUCAAGAACGAGGCCGAGACCAAGAAGGCCUUUACGGAUGACGGAUGGUUCCGAACGGGAGAUGUCUGCUCCAUCGACGAACUUGGCCGGAUACACGUCAUCGAUCGCGUGAAGAACGUCCUCAAGCUCGCCCAGGGCGAAUAUGUCUCGCCAGAGCGCAUCGAGAACGUCUAUCUCGGCAACAUCCCUUACCUCGGCCAGGCGUACGUGCACGGCGACUCAUCGCAAGCGAACUUGGUCGCCGUCUUCGGUAUCCAGCCGGAUUUAUUCUCCGCGUUUGUGAGUGGUGUCUUGGGUCGCUCGAUCCCCGCGACGGAUUUGAAGGCGCUUGAGGCGGCGGCGGGAGAAGUCAAGGUCCAGAAGGCGGUGUUGCGGGACCUGGCCAAGACGGGUAAGAAGGCCAAGUUCAACAACUGGGAAAAUGUGCGCGCUGUGCGGUUGAUGUUGGAACCGUUCUCGAUUGAGAAUGAGUUGUUGACUCCUACAUUGAAACUCAAGCGUCCUCAAACAGCGAAGAUGUACCGCAAUCUCAUCGACGAGAUGUACGUCGAGGUCAACGCCGCGGCGCCCAAGGCCAGAUUGUAG